UUCCCUCCAUGAACUUUUGGCAACCGAGGGCAUUUAACUACAUGAGAGUCCUAUCUCUGAGUCGGCGCAAGUCCAUCGCACUCACUACAGCUAGCAUCGUCGUGGUCCUUCUCACUAUAAACACACUAGUGAGUUUCAAGCUAACUGUGGAGAGAAAAGAGAUGCCAGAAGAGAUAGCCCUGGACAGAUCGGUUAUCUGCCCGUACAUCAAGGCAGCUCAAAUCAUGCCGGAACUGUCCACGAUAAUCAACACGUCCUCGCCUGUCUCCGAGUUUCUGUCCCAGCCUGUGAUUAACCCUCACCCAUACGGGUACAUUCAUAACCAAGCAGAGAGGUGCCAGGAGCAACAACCCCAAAUUCUCUUCGUUGUCCCUUCUGCCACGCAUAAUUUCGAACGGCGAAAGCAAGUGAGGAAUUCCCGACUAAUGGAGUUUGUGAAAAAUGAAUCCAACAGUGCUACGUUAUUGUUUUUUCUGGGUUUUCCGGAGUUUGUGGGAAGAGAAACUGUAGGAGUCCAGACGAAAAUAAAUCAUGAGUCGGAGAAGUAUAAGGAUAUUAUACAGAUGGAGUUCUUAGACGUGUACGCGACUACCCUGCUCAAAGCGGUAUCGGUGCUGAAGUGGGCAAGCACGUACUGCUAUACCGCCACUUACGUAAUCAGAACGGAUGACGACAUCCGACCGAAUGUGACUGACGUUGUAGACGUCGUUUUUCGAGUCGGUGAGCAAUACGACAAUUUCGUAUUAGGCUCAGUACGCACUGGCUGGGGUCCGCACAGACGGAAAAGGUCGAAAUGGUACGUGUCCGAAUUGGAGUACCCCGAACUGACAUACCCGCCCUUUGCGCCAGGAGGGCUGUUGGCUUACCCUUUGGUUACGGCGAGGCUUCUAUACGAAGCCACACUAAGGCUGAAGUUUCUAUGGGUGGAGGAUGUUUUCAUCACCGAAUUUUCUGGAGCAACGUCGCGAUCUUGACAUUGUAAAACGUGGUUGGUUCAAGAAAGCUUUCAACAAAGUCAAAGAUGUCUUCAAAAACCCACCCAAAGUCCCUGUUCCUAACCUUCCUCCCGGGAUUCUACCUGGAAUCUUCGUAAGAGAGGAGUCUCUGAACAGGCGUGACCUUGACAUACAGAAGCGUGGAUGGUUCAAGAAGACGUUCAAGAAGAUCAAGAAAGUCUACAAAAAGGCACAGCCUUUUAUUCCACUGGUGACUGCUGUUGUGGGAAAGCGUGAUAUGACUGAGUUUGACCAGCGGUCAGACCCAGAGCUGGAAGAGGUCCAGGAGGCACUGGUCACCCUGGGAAGUUUUGCGGCGCUCGCAGCCGAAGAAGAGGCAGAGUAACCCACUGACGCCAUAGACCAGGUGUGACUUCAUAUCUGACACGUGUGACGCCGCGCCAUCGGUGUGUGACGUAAACUGCGACCAGUUUCAACGACACCGCCGGCUUUACAUACAGCAGUUUGCUGUUUAGAAAGAUUUAUGGUUUCCUCUUUUUAUUGCUGCUUUUAUUUCCAAAAGAAAGAAGGGAAAAUGAUAAGAAAAUAACGUUGGUCUUGAAAGCCUAUUUGGGAAAUUUGGUAGAGUUUAAUUUCAAGUGAAGAACUUGCUAGUAAUCUCUUUAUUGGUUGUAAAGAAUAAAUCAAUGAUUUUCAGGUUCUGUCAA